CAACUACUGAAGACUGGGCUUAUGGCUAACCGAAAGGGGGUUUGGGGAAGAGGACUGGAGAGGAAUGGGACAACAGUGGGCCCUGAAUGCCACUGCCAACCUUGAGCCCUGGAAUUAGGGAAGAGGCUACACAGCUGACUCCUGGUGACCUUUUCCCUACAUUCAGCUAUUUUUAGCACUGAUGCAACCAUGCUCACGUGAGACCCUCCCUUUCCCCAGUCCCAGACCUUCCAGCCACCUUCAGCAAGCUUGUGGGAAAACUCUACCCACCCUCCCUAGGCGCUCCCCCAAAAGGAGGGUGUCCUGGUUCCCGCCCAUAUCUGUUUUCUCCACCCCAAUUUGGGAGUGGGUAUCAAGUUCCCAGUGAGGACAGGGCGGGGCCGGGCAGGGGUGGCCAGGCCUGAAGGACGUGGGGACAUGGGCCAGAGAGGCCAGACCCAUACACCGACAGAAGCAAACCUGAGCUGUGAGUUGGGGACCAGCACAGGGACGCCAUCCGGACCCAGAACCAUUCCAUCCCUCAACGCUUCACCCUUACUCUCAGCCGAGCUUUCCGAGCGAGGACAGUGCUGGGACCACACGAACCUAGUCUCUGUCCAGGCCCACUCCCUUCCCUGGGCGUCUUUCCCAGACCCCAAGCCGCUCUUCGCUGCCUUUGGGGCACCUAGAGCCAGACUUCGGCACCAUUGCAGAUCGGCCUAUCCGGAACCCCACGAGGGUUCGGUGGCAGCGGCGGUUGGCCAGGCUUGGAAGGGCCCAGCAGGGCGCGUAGCGUUGGGGCACGGGCGGGUUUGGGGGUGGUCGUAUAGGGGACGGGGAAGGGGUGGGGGAAGCGAGGACCAGAUGGGGAGGUGGGGGGCGGAGCCUCAGCUAGAGGUGGCUGGGCGGGGGCGGGGCUGGGCUGGGCACACUAAGCACCUUCUGGCCCUACUCUUAGGUGCUGACUAAACCCCAGGAUGGCGGAAGCACACCAGGCAGUAGCUUUCCAGUUCACUGUGACCCCAGACGGGGUCGACUUCCGGCUUAGUCGGGAGGCUCUGAGACACAUCUACCUGUCUGGAAUCAACUCCUGGAAGAAACGCCUUAUUCGAAUCAAGAAUGGCAUCCUUAGGGGUGUGUACCCUGGCAGCCCUACCAGCUGGCUGGUUGUUGUCAUGGCAACAGUUGGUUCCAACUACUGCAAAGUGGACAUCUCCAUGGGGCUGGUCCAUUGCAUCCAGAGAUGCCUCCCGACAAGGUAUGGCUCCUAUGGGACCCCACAGACCGAGACACUUCUCAGUAUGGUCAUCUUCUCCACCGGAGUCUGGGCGACAGGCAUUUUUUUAUUCCGACAAACCCUGAAGCUGCUGCUUUCCUAUCAUGGGUGGAUGUUCGAGAUGCACAGCAAGACCAGCCAUGCCACCAAGAUCUGGGCUAUCUGUGUUCGUCUCCUGUCCAGCCGGCGGCCCAUGCUCUAUAGCUUCCAAACAUCACUGCCCAAGCUUCCUGUCCCCAGUGUGCCAGCCACAAUUCACCGGUACUUGGAUUCUGUGCGGCCCUUGCUGGAUGACGAAGCCUAUUCACGCAUGGAGUCGUUGGCCAAAAAAUUCCAGGACAAGAUUGCCCCCAGACUGCAGAAAUACCUGGUGCUGAAGUCAUGGUGGGCAACCAACUAUGUAAGUGACUGGUGGGAAGAGUACGUCUACCUCCGAGGCAGGAGCCCCAUCAUGGUGAACAGCAACUAUUACGCCAUGGAUUUUGUGCUUAUUAAGAACACAAGCCAACAAGCAGCACGUUUGGGAAAUGCCGUUCACGCCAUGAUCAUGUAUCGCCGCAAACUGGACCGAGAAGAGAUCAAGCCGGUAAUGGCACUGGGUAUGGUACCCAUGUGCUCCUACCAGAUGGAGAGGAUGUUCAACACUACACGCAUCCCAGGCAAAGAGACAGACUUGCUACAGCACCUCUCAGAGAGCAGGCACGUGGCUGUCUACCACAAAGGUCGCUUCUUCAAGGUUUGGCUCUAUGAGGGCUCGUGCCUGCUCAAGCCUCGAGACCUCGAGAUGCAGUUCCAGAGAAUCCUCGAUGACACCUCCCCGCCUCAGCCUGGAGAGGAAAAGCUGGCAGCCCUCACCGCAGGAGGAAGGGUAGAGUGGGCAGAAGCACGUCAGAAGUUCUUUAGCUCUGGCAAGAACAAGAUGUCCCUGGAUACCAUCGAACGUGCUGCUUUCUUUGUGGCCCUGGACGAAGACUCUCACUGUUACAACCCUGAUGAUGAGGCCAGUCUCAGCCUCUACGGCAAAUCCCUGCUGCACGGCAACUGCUAUAACAGGUGGUUCGACAAAUCUUUCACUCUUAUCUCCUGCAAGAAUGGCCAGCUGGGCCUCAACACAGAACACUCAUGGGCAGAUGCUCCCAUCAUCGGUCACCUCUGGGAGUUCGUCCUGGCCACUGAUACCUUUCACCUGGGCUACACGGAGACAGGACACUGUGUGGGUGAACCCAACACCAAGUUGCCGCCGCCUCAGCGGAUGCAGUGGGACAUUCCCGAGCAGUGCCAGACAGCCAUCGAGAAUUCGUACCAAGUAGCCAAGGCCCUGGCUGAUGAUGUGGAGUUAUACUGCUUCCAGUUCUUACCCUUCGGCAAAGGCCUGAUCAAGAAGUGUCGGACCAGCCCUGAUGCCUUUGUGCAGAUUGCCCUGCAGCUGGCUCAUUUCCGGGACAAAGGCAAGUUCUGCCUGACCUAUGAGGCCUCCAUGACAAGAAUGUUCCGAGAGGGGCGGACAGAGACUGUGCGUUCCUGUACUAGCGAGUCCACAGCCUUUGUGCGGGCCAUGACGACGGGGUCCCAUAAGAAACAAGACCUCCAAGACCUCUUCCGGAAAGCCUCCGAAAAACACCAAAACAUGUACCGCCUAGCCAUGACAGGGGCUGGGAUCGACAGGCACCUCUUCUGCCUCUACAUCGUCUCCAAGUACUUAGGGGUUAGAUCUCCUUUCCUGGACGAGGUGCUUUCGGAACCCUGGAGCCUCUCCACCAGCCAGAUCCCCCAGUUCCAGAUCUGCAUGUUUGACCCAAAGCAGUACCCCAAUCAUCUGGGUGCUGGAGGUGGCUUUGGUCCUGUGGCCGACCACGGCUACGGGGUUUCCUACAUGAUCGCAGGCGAAAACACAAUGUUCUUCCAUGUUUCCAGCAAGUUAUCGAGUUCAGAAACGAACGCCCUGCGCUUCGGGAACCACAUCCGUCAAGCACUGCUGGAUAUCGCCGACCUUUUCAAAAUUUCCAAGACUGACAGCUGAGACCAGGAGAAACACCAGCUGCCCUUUGGUCCCCACCUGGUGGAGGAAGAGGUCUGUGGCCAGUUCACAGGCAUAAGGGGUGGCAUGCACACGUGCCCAGUUCUGAGACCAGCUCCAGCGGCAGGGGCUCCCCAGGCAGACACUGCUCCUCCAGGGCCCGGUCGGAGGUGGGAUUGGAGUGGCGAGGGAACUUUGAUCUUUUUUUUUUUUUCCCCCCGGUCUUGGUAGAUGCUAAUAAAAAUAAGGCUGUAUAAUUCUCUCUCAGCCCUAAGAUGCCUAUGUUUGGUUAGAGAACUAGAAGGCCUUUCCCCUGCCCCUGCUCAGGUUAGGGUGGUGGCGACUGAAGGGCCGAGUGAAUGUUCAUAAUGGCUUUUUACCUGCUUUGAAAUGUGUGCUUUUCCUGAAUAAUGUGGACUUCGAGAGUGCUGUCCAACCUCUCAUGUGCACUUGGAAUAAAUUCUUACUUUAGAACCUUUA